CCAAGACAUCCGCGUUUCUGUGACCGGAGAAGGUCCGACGCUUGUCUCCCCUGUCGUAUCAUGCUGUCACGUCUUCCCCCACGUUAUACUAUGGGCUUUGGCUUUUCCCCGCGGGGACGGGCGUGGGGACGAGGGGAUAGAAACAGGACAGGGACACGGGAACAGCUAAGGAGCCAAGGACAGGCAUGGCGAAUGGCGAAUGCAUGUGAAGGAUGGCAGUGGACUGGACCGAGAUUUAAAAGGGCACAGCUAACCCCGUCCUACAAGGAGUUGGCCGGUCUGUGUAUGACCUUCCACUGUGUCUACAUACUUAACGCAUAAGGGACACAUCGGUCGAGAUUCGAAAUCAUCUGAGAUUACAUGGCCGGCUCUAAGAAACCAGUCAAUAUCUUCCGCCUCAGGAACCUCCCUGAACCAAGAGAGGUCUUCAACUGGCGCCUCUGGUUCGCCGUGAUCUCGUUCGGUCUCAUGGGCGCCGCGCGCGGUGUCGACGAGGGCCUGAUAUCCGGCGCGUUCAAUUCCAAGGACUUUCAGCGGACGAUCCGUUUCGAUUCGUAUUCGUCCGUCGAGCAGACGAACAUCAAGGGUAAUGUGUCGGCCAUGGUUCAGAUCGGGUCGGUUGGGGGCGCGUUGUUCGCAUUCCUCGUCUGCGACCGCAUCGGCCGCAUCUGGGCAACGCGGCAGCUGUGCGUAUUGUGGAUUGUCGGUAUCGCCAUCUUCAUGGGCGCUCAUGGCAACCUGGGCGCUAUCUACGCUGGUCGAUUCAUCGCCGGACUGGGCGUGGGUCAGACCACGGUUGUUGGGCCUGUGUAUCUUGCUGAGAUAGCUCCCCCGUCCAUCCGCGGUCUCUGCACCUGCGUCUUCACGGGCUUCGUCUACCUGGGUAUUGUCCUAGCCUAUUUCACCAAUUACGGCUGUGAGGUGAACAUGGGUGACAACACACACAAGCGAUGGGAAGUCCCUACCAGCCUCCACAUCAUCUUCGCCGGCCUCAUCAUCAUUCUCUCCAUCUUCCAACACGAGUCUCCCCGCUAUCUCGUCAAAAAGGGUAAAGACGAGAAAGCUGUGUCCACGCUGUCACGCGUGCGAAACCUCCCGGUCGACGAUGAGUACGUCGUGCGCGAACUCGUGGCCAUCCAAGCUGCGCAUCAGACCGAGAUGGAGGCCACCAUGGGCGCCGGCUGGCUGGGAGCUGUCAAGGAGACCUUCCUCGUCCCCGGAAAUCUAUACCGGUUGUAUCUCACCUGCAUGGCGCAGAUCCUGUCGCAAUGGUCCGGUGCAGGUUCUAUCACGCUGUACGCGCCAGACCUGUUCAAACUGCUGGGCAUCACGGGCAAAAGUGAGGGGCUGCUGGUGACGGGCGUCUUCGGCAUCGUCAAGCUGGUCGCGGCGGUAGCAUGCGCGCUGUUUCUCGUGGACGUGAUCGGGCGCAAGAGAGCACUUCUGGCGGGCAUCACCCUGCAGGCCAUCUCCAUGAUCUACAUAGCCAGCUUCCUCAGCUCGGUUCCCGACCUCGGCGUAGAUCCAAACUACACGCUUCCCGGCUCCAAGGACGGCGUGAGCCGCGGCGCCAUCGCCAUGAUGUACGUCUCCGGCAUCGGCUGGGCACUGGGCUGGAACUCCAUGCAGUACCUGUUGACGGCAGAGCUGUUCCCGUUGCGCAUCCGCGCCCUAUCCACCUCGCUGGCCAUGACGUUGCACUUCGCGAACCAGUAUGGGAAUUCACGGGCCGUGCCCAAUAUGCUACUUCCUGCGGACCAAGGGGGGAUCACUCCGUUGGGCACGUUUUGGUUCUUCAGCGCCGUGACGAUUAUCGGUGGCGUCUGGGUGUGGGUGAGCGUGCCCGAGACGGCGGGACGCAGCCUGGAGAGCAUGGACCGGCUGUUCGAGCUGCCGUGGUACAAGAUCGGGCUGUAUGGAAAUCGGGACGCCGAGUCAAAGGAUCAGGAGGCACUGGAUGUAUCGGAGAAGGUAGGGGCCGUGGAGCAUGUCGAAAGGGCCACUGUUUGAUAUGCCCGUUGUAUGUAACACACUUUAACCCUGAAAGCUCGAGGUCGAGAUUGUAUAUAUUCCGUUUCGGGGUGGCAUUGUGUAGGCAUUAAUAGAUGAUCGUCAGCAUCAAAGAACAUGCAACUUUGAACCCUUAUUCUCUCGACGGGCCCUGACCUGCUCAAAGCUGUAUCAAGCAAGGGCAGCGCUAGAAGCACCCCAAGAACUUA